CUCACACCGUGUCAGGAAGUUCAGGGGCAAACAUGUCAUCGAGUCCCGUCAGCCCGUCCCCUUUUGGAUCGCCAUGGCCGCGACCUUGGGGCGAGCGGUUCUCGCGUGGAGGGUUCCGGUCUUGUGGAUCAAGGCGCCGCAUCCAUGUUCCGGCGUCUUGUCUCCAUCUCCGUGUCCCUCCUUGUACGUGGCAGUCAUGCCUUUUGUUUCGGUAACUGCAGAGUGGACACAAGGGCUCCACGUCCUUACUGCUCGCCGCCACCCGCCCGGCGGCCCGGCCUCCACCUGAGCCCCGUACAGCUUCUGUGACGCGUCAGCCCAUCCUUGCUCGUCGCCGUCGUCUCUCCCCGACCGAGGUACGAGGAUUGAGGAGCAAAUAAAAAAGACAGAGGGUUCAGUUAUCUUCUUCAGUUCUUCUCCCACGGGACAAGGGGGACGCCGCAAAAAUUUCCCCCAACUUUUCAGAGAUCCGAUUCUUGCGAUCAGUAUUCAGUAGUGCUUGCAGCGUCAGAGUAUCUUCGGUUCGGAGUUCGUGUCCGGGAAUCCCAAGCGAAGAGGGGGGCUGUCCUGCUAAAAAGAAGUAACGAAGGAAAGCAGAUUUGGGUGGCUCGGUGUCAAGGUCUAUUGCUUCCAUGGGCGCAAAAUCCUGAAAUAAUUGUGGUAGAGAACCCUAAGCUCUUUAUUCCCAUAUUGAAAAUUAUUUGGCUGGGGAGGAAGACACCCACUCUACUAGUUCAUGGUUACCUCUACAGCGCUGCUCCGUGCUCAUCAUUUCCAUAAGGAAGUGUAUCCUUACGCACCUAGUAGUUAGUCCACACCCUUUGCAAGAAUCAUGUAUUGUUCAUUUUUGUGAAGCUAAAGGUUGUGGAAUGUGGAUUUUUGAUGGAAGGAGCUUAGAUCAAGAAUGCCAUGUCCUGGAUGAUCGUCACCUCUGAAGAGUCGUAGUGGGCUUCUUGGAUCAUAACAGCAGAGUGCAGAGAGCCGAAGUUUGAGAAGCAGUUGGCUAUUAGGCUCGGUGGUGUGCAUCCAUACUGGGCUUUUGCUAAUCAUCGUUGUGUCUGCAACAUGAAUGCUGUGCGGAGUAUAGAAUUUCUGGCCGCUGGGGAUGGUCAGCAUAAUCUUUUCCGUACCCUUGGACCAACACUUCUGAUCUCGAUGGCAUAUAUUGACCUUGGAAAGUGGUUGGUGGCAGUGGAUUCUGGAUCUCGGUUUGGGUACGACCUUGUGCUACUGGUGUUGCUGUUCAAUUUCUCAGCCAUUUUAUGUCAAUAUCUGUCAACUUGUAUUGGUAUGGUCACGGGGAAAAAUCUUGCAGAGAUUUGCCGUCAGGAGUACAGUCAGGUGAUAUGUGUUGUUCUUGGUCUUCAGGGAUGGGUAUCCUUGUUAACCUCUGAAGUAACCAUGAUUGCAGGCGUGGCAGUGGGGUUCAACCUUGUGUUUGAACACGACGAUCUUAUCGCAGCCAUAUGUAUUGCAAGUGUUGUAGUUAAUCUGCUACCAUACACGCUUUCUCGCCUGGAUACGAGGGUGGCUGGCAUGUUAAAUGCCUGCGUAGCUGGCUUUACACUUCUUUGUUUUGUCCUUGGUUUAUUAAUCAGUCAUCCCCAAACCCCUGUCAAUAUGAAUGUGAUGUUUCCCAAGUUGAGUGGUGAAAGUGCUUAUUCACUGAUGGCACUUCUUGGCGCAAAUAUAAUAGUGCACAACUUUUAUACUCAUUCAUCAUUUGUUCAGGUUCAGAGAAGAUCUUCGGUUCUUACCCUUGGUUCCCUGUUUCACGACCACCUUUUCUCUAUAUUAUUUAUAUUUACGGGGAUUUUUCUUGUGAAUUAUAUUCUCCUAAGCUCAGCAGCAGAUGAAUCCAGUGCCACAAUGGUCAUGAAUUUUCAAGAUGCUAUGGAGUUAAUGCACCAGAUAUUUACAAAUCCUGCAGCACCAAUUGUGUUGUUAGUGAUCCUUCUGUUUUCAAGCCACGUCAUCUCGUUGACAUGCAUUGUUAGUAGUGAUGUCAUUUCAGAGAACUUCUUUGGUAUAAAAUUGCCUCUGUCAGCGCAUCAUCUGCUACCUAAGGGUUUUGCUAUGAUUCUUACUAUCUACUGUGCGAAGGUUGCUGGUCCUGGAGGCAUAUAUCAAGCACUUAUUAUGUGCCCAGUUAUCCAGGCUAUGCUUCUUCCGUCAUCCGUUAUACCCAUUUUGCGUGUUUCCUCGUCAAGAUUAUUGAUGGGAAGAUACAGAGUAUCUUAAUAUGUUGAAAUAUUGGCCUUCCUCGCGUUUCUCCUUGCACUGUUUACAAAUAUCAUAUUUGCAGCGGAAAUUUUGUUUGGUGAUAGCAAUUGGACAAACAACCUGAAAGGAGACACUGAAAGCCCUGUUAUACUUCCAUACUCUGUCAUAGUCCUAACUUCAUGCGCAUCAAUUGCAUUUACACUGUUCAUUGCUGUUACUCCACUAAAGUCAGCAAGUAAUGAAACUUAGAUUUGGCUGUUGUUUGUGCGCUCACAAAAUAAAACAUCGGAUGCUACUCCAUAUAGAGAAGCAAUUUCUCUGGGGAAAUAUUGUCAUGAAGUUUAGAGCUGUUCUAUCUAUCGGAGCUGUUCCAAUGGGUUCAUCAGAAGGUCAUAAGAAAUCAGCUCAAGAACAUACCUGCAGAGAACCUUACCUGGAAAAUUGUGCACAGGAAGAAGUUAGUAGGUCGUCCAUUGGCGCUGUUCCAAGGGAUUCAUUGGAGGAUCAUCAGAAAUCACCUUUUGAGCUUACAUGCGAUUCCAAGGCCACUUCAGCAAUUAAACCUGAAGUACAACCCUCACUGGCACAACUGGACAGAGCCAGUGCCAGCAUAGCUGCAUAAUAGACCAUCACCCUGUUCGGAUGGGUGGUUUGGCUGGAUUAUUCACUGCAGCAGCUGAUUUGAGAGUGGUCGUGCUGUAGCAGCUGGUACUGCACACACUCAGCGGCGCGUGGAACGGCACAACACACGGUUGCUGUUACUGUAGCUACAGCGAAUCAGCACAGCCCAGAUCAGUGCAACCGAACAGGCUGCAUAUUACUGCAGAAAGUUUCGUGAUGAAACUCUCAAAUGAAAAAGGCCCUGAAGUAGAAGCAGAUGUUUACAACACAGGGAGGCAGUUUGCAGUGAUUCUUGAUGAGUUCCGGGGACAUGUUUUCAACCGUCAGGUGAGCUUACGCAAGAAUCUAACAACAACUAGAUUGGCUGUAAGAAAUGGUAACUUAUUAAUCGAAGUUUAUUGGAUCCCUUCA